GCCUGACAGUCUACGCGGGCCACAGACCGCUCCAUUCGCGAGGUGUGGCCCGUAUUGAAUCGGGUCCAGGCCAGUGGCACUGAUUUCGUCCGAAAAUACAAGACGCCUCCGAUUAUCUGAUCUCGUAAUGCAGUCACAAUCCAGUCGGCUUUGGCACAUCCGGUUGCAAGUUGAGCGACAAGGCCGUAUCUCGCGCACGUCAGCUGAGGACGGGCACGUCCAACCUACAUCUACCUGAGAGCAACCCAAACGCAGUAUCCGGAACAGGUCGCUGCAUCACAUACAACGGCUCGACUGAAAAUGUCAACUCCGGAAGAUGCCGCUGCGUCUACUGCAUUCGUCCGGAGGAUCACAGACGAACGUCUCAUGAGGCUUUCCCGAUCCACACUUUCGAACGGAGGCUUGUUUCAAGUUCAUACAGCUUCAUCAAGUACGGACACAGAACCACGCACCCGUACGUGAUGAAGCAAACAACCGCGAGUAUAUCUAGUCCUUCUCGACUGUUCUUCUUCAUCAGCAACUUUCCUCAUCAUCAUCUUCUCCUCCCUGUUUCUGCUGCGCAGUCACUCAUUGGAUCUGGUAUCCACUAAACACACUCACCCAGAGCACUCUACAGUCAUCCGCAGUCUUGCAACCUUUUCCAGCACCACAAUCACAACGUCAACAUGAAGUCUGUCGCAAUCCUUUCCAGCUUUGCUGCCAUCGCAGCUGCCGCUCCGUUUCCACCAACCACGGUCAGCGGCUAUGCAGCUCCUACGCUGUCCCCGUCAGGCGCGCUUGGAGGCGGACUCGCAUCUGCAGCACCAACCGGUACCACUCCUUACUCUGGAACAGAUGAUCUUGGAGCCAGCUCUGGCUUUGCUUUGCCAACUGGAGGCUUGGGCGGAGGCUCUAGUCUCGGAGGCCUAAGCGGGGGCGGUUCAGGACUGUCUGGACUAGGUGGUGGCUCCAGCCUUGGUGGGCUGACUGGAGGUAGCUCAGGAUUAUCUGGCCUGGGUGGUGGCUCUAGUCUUGGUGGCCUGACUGGCGGCAGCUCGGGAUUAUCUGGUCUGGGAGGAGGCUCUAGUUUUGGCGGCCUGACCGGUGGCAGCUCAGGACUGUCUGGACUGGGUGGUGGAUCUAGCCUUGGUGGCCUGAGUGGCGGAAGCUCGGGACUAUCUGGAUUGGGCGGAGGCUCUGGUCUCUCGGGGCUGGGAGGAGGCUCUAGUCUUGGCGGCUUGGGCGCGGGCAGCUCAGGCCUAUCUGGAUUGGGCGGGGGUUCUGGUCUCGGAGGAUUGAGCGGUGGCGGUCUUGGUGGAAGUCUUGGUGGAGGUCUCGGCGGUUCUGCUACUGGCGAUGCCAGCGCUGGCACUAAUUUGGACAGCCCAGUCGACACAGGCUCUGAAGACGCUUCUUCUACGCCGACCGGCAUCGAAGACGGCAGCGACGCUGCAAGCGAGCCUGCAAGCGAUGCCACGCCUUCUGCCUCUGGAGAAGACUAUGCCUAAACCUCAAGCACCAUACCAGAGCUCGCUUGACGUUGGCUUUCCACGACUGUCCAACAAGCAUGAACAUGAGCUGCAUCGCUCAUUGUGGGAUCCCCGCACUUACACUCACUUCUUCCAAACAUCAAAUCAUAACCAGACAUUUGUAUACUAUCGUCAUUGAUAGCUCCUGACUAUGCAGAACAGCGUCUGGG